AUGACACCCCCAAAACAAAGAAGAGAAUCAUCUUCAUCAAUCACAAAUAUUCUUACAUUAAAUAAUCUUGAUCUUGGACCAACAGGAAGUGUAGGAGCAAUAUCUGAAGAACCCAAUCAUCCUUAUAAUCAUCAUCUUGAAGAUUCAGAACAUUACCAUACUACUCAAGUUGAAAUAGAAAGUCAUUUUUCUACUGAUGAUGAAAAUAUUCAUUCUGGUAUUGCUAAUGAUGAUCAAGUUAGUCAUUUACCCACAAUCAAAAUAAAAUAUCAUCGAUCAAAUUCAGUUCAUUCUAUAUCAUCAACCAAUUCAAUUGAUGGUACCAUUGGUAGUACUACUAGUGGUGAUAUUUCAUUAUUACCAACAAUUAAAGUUUUAGGUACUGGAGGGACAAUUGCAUCAAAAGGAGUAUCAUCCCAUCAAACUGCUGGAUAUGAAGUUGAUUUAACUAUUGAAGAUUUGAUUUCUACCAUACCUGAUUUAUCUCAAACUUGUCAAUUAGAAUAUGAACAAGUAUUAAAUAUAGAUUCUAAAGAAAUGGAUAAUUCUUCAUUACUUAAACUUUAUCAUAAAAUUCAACUUGAUUUACCUCAUUAUGAUGGGAUUGUAAUUACUCAUGGUACUGAUACUAUGGAAGAAACAGCAUUUUUUUUACAAUCAACAAUCAAUACUUUUAAACCAAUUGUAUUAUGUGGAUCAAUGAGACCAAGUACAGCAAUUUCUUCUGAUGGUCCAAUGAAUUUAUAUCAAGCAAUAGUUAUUGCAUCAAAUCGAGAAAGUCGUGGUCGUGGAGUUUUAAUUGCUUUAAAUGAUAGAAUCGGUUCCGGGUUUUAUAUCACUAAAUCAAAUGCUAAUUCUUUAGAUACUUUUAAAUCUAUUGGUCAAGGAUAUGUUGGGAAUUUUGUCAAUAAUGAAAUUAGAUAUUUUUAUCCUCCAGCAAAACCAUUAGGUUUAACCAUGUUUCAUUUAACUCAUCCUUCCAUUGGUGGUGCUAAUAAUGGUACAAUGCCUAGUUUACCUGAAGUAACUAUAAUUUAUGCUCAUCAAGGAUUAAAUAAUGAAAUUUUUAAAUUUAUCAUUAAUGAUUUAAAAUCUCAAGGGAUUAUUUUAGCAACUAUGGGUGCUGGUAGUAUGUCAGAGAAAACUAAUCAAUAUUUAUCUGAUUUAUUAAUUGAUAAUCCUAAUUAUCCCAUUGUUUAUAGUAAACGAUCAAUGGAUGGUAUGGUUCCAAUUGGUUCAUUACCUAAAGUAAACCCACCACCAGAAGACACUGUCAACGAUGAAACAACAACAACAACAACAACAACAACAACAACAACAACAACAACAACAAAGAAGACGAACAAGAAAGUUCCAUUUGUUAAUGCUAUAGCUGGUGGAUAUUUAAACCCACAAAAGGCAAGAAUAUUAUUACAAUUAUGUUUGAAUGAAGGUAUGGAUUUAUCAAAAAUUAAGAAUGUAUUUAAAACUGUAUAA